UGAAAUUAUUUAUCUUUGUAUUAAAUAUAAGGUACACCACUAGUUAAAUAAAUAUUUGUUUAAAGCCACUGUAUAAUUUUUGACGAUCCCUCGACAACAAAAAUUACAGUAAGUAAGUAUUAUAAGUGAAAAAACAUUUCAUGUAUAGCAGCCUAUGAAAUGAUAGUGAUAGUGUAACGCAAACCAAAGACAAAUAGUUUCUUUUUGUCUCCGGCAGAACGUCGAGAAAUAACAUUGCGAUCCUGCCCAGCCCUAUAACCUCAUUAGUAUGUUAUGAGUGUAUUGAAAAAUUGCCUUUUACACGCAGACGUUCUUWUAUUUUUACUCCAGUGAACCAUCUCGAUACCAGGAACUUCCUGGCAUGCCAAAACAAGCUCUAAUGAAUACAUUAAAAUAUUCAUAACUAAGACAUUCGUUAAAAUUGAAAAUUGAGAAUAAGACAGUCAAUAUUGGAAUUUAAGGGURGUAAGAAUCAUCCUCGGAAACCCAGAAGAUUACCCGUGGGUUCCCGAGGAAGGGGAAGGAUCUGAGAUUUAGGCUAAAAGAAAAAGUAGUGGAAACAGAAAAAGGCGACGUUCUUCAAAAUGGACCCACCACAUGAUUAAUAGCGUUGACUCACUUGCCCAAAUAGAAAACAAUACCUUCAAUGUUAUUAAUCYAAUGUUGCAAAAAUGUGUUUCGAAGUCAUGUUUUAUUAUUAUCAACUCCAAUUUUGUUAUGAUAGUUUUAAUAAUGUGCAAUAAUUGAUGAAUUGUCCAUGGUUUAUCGGAAAGAAAACAUGCAGUAUAGUACACCACCUACCGAAAUUKAAAUAUAAUUGAAACAGUUUUCUUAAAGACCAAAGAUAGACAAAUACAAUGRCAAAAAUUACUUACUUAUUUGCCGUUUGUUUGAAGUAGGAUAAAGACGAUCAAAGACUUUARAAAGAUUAAAGCAAAUAAAAUUUUUGUCUUGAAAGAUUGGUUGCUGAGUAAAGGCGGUGCAAACUUCGAUAAUUAGUCCUUACUCAUCAUCAAGCGUGGCGUUGAACGCACUUUGAAAUGCGACAAACCUCAUGACAACGUAAAUAAAGGGUUAGAGUUUUAUAACUCCAGUACGUUCUUGUAAGAAUACAGGACUCAAGUAAAGACGUUUAUCGGCAUAUAGACGAGAUCCUUCAAAUUGUCAGCUACCUUUUAUUGCUCUGUUAGGUAAAGAAAUGUGGACUUGCAUUGCAAGUAUACUGGCGAUUGGRAUAUUAACUCCUUCAAACACAUAUCUAAUUCGAGAUGAUACCACUCGCUCUUCAACAWUCAGAACCACUGAURACCAUAUCCUUGAUGGCUAUACUUUCCGCAAAGAGCGCUCGACUAGCAUUUUAGAAUGCGCACASUURUGYCUGACAGAGUAUCGCUGUUUAUCGUUCAACUUCCAUCAUACAUUUGGCGGUCAGAUAGUGAGCUGUCAUCUAAACAACAGAACCGCUCAGAGUACUGACAGGUGGUUCUUCCUGGACUUUCAAGGAUGCACAUACGGGGAACUGCAAAAUUUGACUGAGCCUGUUUUUAUUUCUCCAGGAACACCUGAGCCAGUUCUGGAGUUCAUGUUCAAUUCUCUUGGAGCCGUUGGCAAAAGUGGACCCACCAGUACUCUCGGUUAUAAUGGCACAAGCCUACAAGAUUCUGUUCUCCUUGAAAGCGGUAAACAACAGUGGACAGUACCAAAGACGGCUAAAUAUAUCAUUGAAGGUUAUGGGGCAUCUGGUGCCGAUGGGCGUUGUCAAAAUCCCUCUUUGUUGUGCCACAAGGGCGGUCUUGGUGCAAAAAUCACAGGAACUUUUCAUUUGACCAAAGGAAUUGUUUUAACAAUUCUCGUGGGACAAAAGGGCUCGGUUGAUCCUAGUUUUGAUUUCGCAGGGGGUGGAGGUGGGGGGACAUUUGUGAUUAAUAGUAACGAUAGUACGGUGUUGAUAGUUGCCGGUGGGGGUGGUGGUGGAGGUAAACCAGGGGUCAAUUAUCAUGACGGUGAUCCCGGUCAAGCAGGUAAUAAUGGCAGUCGUUGUGGUGGAGCUAAUGGGAUGGGUGGUCGGCUGUGUAGUCUUGAUGGGUCUGCAUUCAUGUGCAGCAGUGGAGCUGGCUACAUAGGCGAUGGAGAGGUUAAACAAUUCGUGAAAGCGAUGGCGUAUGUUAAUGGUGGCACCGGAGGGAAAGCAAUAACGACCGAUCUAGCGGUAGGAGGCUUUGGUGGUGGAGGUUAUGCAAUGGGCAACGCUGGAGGAGGAGGAGGGUAUUCCGGAGGAGGCUACAUUGGUAAUACAACUAUGGGUACCGCAGGGGGAGGGGGUUCGUAUAACAGUGGUUCAUUGCAAGAAAACAAAUCAGGGAUACACACAGGAGAUGGAAAAGUAAUUAUAAAAGUUGCCUAGAUUAGCAAUCAAAGACAUGCUGAUGUAAUAAUAUUCGUGAUUUAUUUGCAAUCAUCCAUUAAAAGUAAACCAAAGCUAUAUCACAGCUCUCUUUUGAGUCAAUAAUAAAAGAAUGAAUUCCCAUCUCAGAAAUCAAUAACAUUCUCUCUCAAUAUAACACAGGGACGUGUGCAGGGAUUUAAUAUGAGUGGGGAGGGGGUUGGGGUUCAAGCUUUGCGGUUAAAUGACUGGAGAAGGCUACGGACUGAAGUGUUUGGUUUCACAUCGAAUGAACUGGCUGUUGGACUUUGUAUUGGCAAAUAAGGUCUCAUAUUUAAUGCUGGAUACCGAGUAGCGGUAAACUAGUGUGAACUGCGUCGGUGUUUGUAAAGAAAGAGUUAUGUAAAAUGAAAAAAAUUAACAUCGUAAAGAAGUAGGUGAAACAACUUACUGACGUUAAUCGUUCUCGGAGUAAAGGAUUUGUUUUACUUUGACGAAGGAUUAACUUCCGAAACGUCGGUAAGUUGUUUCUCCUACUUCUUUACGGUGUUCA